AUGAAGAUACAUUUUAAAUUUUUCGAUGCCAUCCCGGCGCGGCUCAAUGUGGCGAUCAUGUUGUUUUUUGCCUGUUGGAUUAAUUACAUGCUAAGGGUAAACAUGAGCGUCAAUAUCAUAGCCAUGGUGCCUGAGGACAAGACGUCAAACACGGUGGAAAGCGAAUGCAAGGCCGUCGCAAACGCCGACGUUUCAUUACAUAAUGACAGCGCAAGCGUCACAAAGCAACUGCGACAGCCAGAUGGCGUUACCAUAUUUGCCUGGACGACUCAAGAGCAAGCUUAUGUUUUGUCGGGAUAUUUUUGGGGGUAUGCCAUCACUAGUCUUGUGAGUGGAACUGCUGCUGAGUUAUGGGGUCCCAGGAGAGUGGUCUUCGUGACCAUGUUAAUUAGCGCCGUUCUGACUAUACUGAGCCCUCAAGCAGCGAGACUUCAUUACAUGGUCCUUGUCGCUGUUAGAUUCCUUAUGGGGCUUGCAUCUGGUUUCCUGUUCCCAGCGUUACACGCCUUAGUGGCUCAUUGGGCGCCUCCUACUGAAAAGGGAAGAUUCGUCAGCGCCCUACUGGGAGGAGCAAUCGGUACCGUGGUCACUUGGUCACUAACUGGACCUCUGAUUGAGACAUUUGGAUGGGAUUACGCGUUCUACGUACCUGGUAUAAUCUCGGGCCUAUGGUGCAUAAUCUGGUGGUUCCUAGUAUACGACUCUCCUGUUCUACACCCCAGGAUAUGUGAAAAGGAAAAGGCUUACAUCCUCGAAGCCAUUGGAGAUAAAGUUCACAGUGCAGGUGAAACUAAGAUUGUUCCACCAUUCAAGAAAAUCUUCACGUCUCUUCCGUUUCUUGCUAUGAUCGUUUUGCACUACGGUAACAACUGGGGCAUGUACUUCGUGAUGACAGCGGCUCCUAAAUACGUGUCCAGCGCGCUUGGCUUCAAUCUCACCUCGACUGGAACGUUGUCUUCCUUACCGUAUCUAGCUAGGAUGAUUUUCUCCCUUAUAUUCGGCGCUAUCGGAGACAGGAUCGUCAAACGAAACAUGGUGUCAACGACAUUUAUGAGGAAGUUCUUCUGCCUAUUCUCCCAUGUGCUGCCCGGGCUGCUUCUAAUAGCAUUGGGUUACACGGGCUGUGCCCCUAUUCUAUCGAUAGCUCUUAUCUCUUUCUCCAUGGGAUCGAACGGUGCAGCAACUCUCACGAACCUUGUAAACCACCAAGAUUUAGCACCAAACUUCGCAGGAACGCUGUAUGGUAUCGCGAACGGAAUUGGAAAUACCGCCGGUUUCGUUACGCCUCUAGUCACCGCCUAUUUCACUAAGAACGGAAAUGGAUUUGCGGAAUGGAGACCAGUAUUUUUCACCGGGGCGUCGCUGUACAUCAUUUCAGCGGUGUACUUCAUCCUAUUUGGAACCGGAGAAACGCAACCCUGGAACUACGUGGUUCCAGAAGAGGAUACAGAAAAGAGACCAAGCGGAGAGUCCAAUGACACGACAGUCACUGUACAAAUCAAGAAUUGA